CAAUAAACCAAUCGAAAACGAAACAAAAAUUUAAUCGAUUUUGUUUACCACCGAGCCCAACAAUUCCAGUGUCUGAUUAAAUUUUGAGCUUACAUUUUCUCAAAAUACUAUCGUUAAAUUUAUCGUAACUUGUGUAUUAAAUCACUAACGAAAUGUCGUAAUUCGUAAUAGUUACCGUGCACCGAUUGAGAUAUGAACCAACACGUGAAUGGGGCCAUAUUUUUGUCGGCGGGUGGCCCUUCUGGCACCAAUAGUAACAGCACCACCGCCCAGGUGCCAUUGUCCGAUCUGGAAAAAUCCUCUGCAAGAAAAGCUCGCAAGGAGGCGGAGAAACAGAAAAAGCAAGCAAAAAAGUAUGAGGAACAACUGAAGAAAAUUCGUGGUCCAAAGAGCCAGAAAAUUCAAAUAAUCGACGAAAGCUUCCUGGAGAAGUACAAUCAUGCUCAAUCGUUACCCCCUGGGCCCAGCCUGAAGACGAAGAAACGUUCCAAGAAAACUCCCAGCGAUUUGGUGCAGAUUAAUUUAUCGGAUUGCAUUCGGGACCGUUUAUCGUUGGUGGAGAAGGGCGAGGGUAAAGUUGGCGGAGAAACAAGAACCGUACUGACACCGGUGGUACCAAUUGCCAUAACGCAACCGAUGGUAUUGCACAAGGGAAAACAACGGGAGGUCCCGAAAGAGAAAAAGCUUUCCAGAUUGAAGAAAGAUAUAGUUAAUAAUCGAAAGAUCAAACAGGAAGGUGCCAGUGCUGGUAGUGGUGAGCAGACAGUGGGAGAAGAGCAGGAAUCUAAAGCUACGGUUAAUGGUGAACAACCGACAGAUAUUAAAGUACAGCCAGUGCAGAAACAUCCCACUAAGCAAGCUGUUUCGCCAUUUCUCAAAGCGAUCGAACGAUGCUGUUCCAAUGAGGAUGCAGUUCCGCCGUGUGUCGGAUCAGAGGAGUAUCGUGAUGGUUUUCCCGCGCUGAAUGACACCGUGAAGACUGUAGAUAGGAUUCAACAUUCCAGAGCAUUUAGAAGUUAUUGUGACCAUCUAAUCACGGACGAGCUGCGUACUCAUUCUGAAACACUAGUUACGAAAUUGUUUCAGUUCCAGGCGACCGCAUAUGGGAAAAAUCCGAUAAAGGCUGUUUCCAACAAACGGUAUUGCGUUGGAUUCAACGAAAUACUAAAAUAUAUGGAAACACGUAAGGUGAAGCUGGUUCUGAUCGCACCGGAUUUGGAACCGAACGACAGCAUCGAUCAGUUGGUGGAAAGAGUCAAAUCUAUCUGCCGGCAAGGGCGUGUUCCGUACGUUUUCGGCGUAAAGCGAAGAAAGCUUGGCUUCUAUUUGAUGAAAAAGGUCCCGGUCAGCUGUUUGGGUGUGCUAAGCUAUAGUGGGGCUGACGAAACAGUGAAACGUAUGUUGGAGAUUGUCGAUCAGGAGCGGGUAAACUAUCGAAGUCUUGCUGCGGAAGGUUAGUAUUUUUAGCGACUGGCAGGCGGUAGCCAGGGUCAAUAUGAUUCUUCGAGGCCAAAUAUCAUAUUCUAGUCAAACUUUCAUAUUUCAUGCCUAUGCUCUCUGCCGCUUUACUGUCCGGUAUCGAAACAAUUUGUGUGGACGUUAUAUUCCGCAAAGAAAGAACAUUCCCCUAGUGUAUUACCCGUUUGUAAACCCUGGGUAUAAAUUUGAUAAACUUCCGAUCUGGUUCUGGCAGGUUCGUUGCUGGUCACAGUUCUCCAGAAAUAUCUAUGUUUAGGUGUUGUGUCAGCGAUACAGGAAAAGUCGUAAAUGGAAAGUAGUGUGUCGGUAAUAAAUAAUGUAUUGAAUAUUCA